AUGCUUACCAUCGCCGAGGUUUCCGGCCUCAUCGCCGCAGCAGUCAUGAUAGUCCAGUAUGGGCUUCCUGCUGCCCUAGUGGUGAUUCUGGUGAAAUAUGUCGGGAUUGAGAACACUGCUGUGACAUGGUCUGUUGUCAAUCGCACCAUUUCUACAACCAUCUGGCCACACCUUCUUCGCGCAGACGCUGCCAACACGCGCCAGAUUCCCCCAAGAGUCCAGAUCCCGAGCUGGACUGCAACAGCUGGUGCUGCUCUGUUGGUUCUAGCCAGCGUGAUCACACCCCUCGGACUAUACGAUGAGAUCGUGCCAGGCGAGUCCAAGCUGGUCGAAUUCCAAUAUGUAAAGGAUCCAGGCCCCUGGGGAAGGGUCACCAUGCCUCGGCCAAACUCUCAAUUCACUCGCCAGUGCGAAGUGGGCACCGUGAUCAAUUGUCCAGGGCAGUACCAAGGCGUAUACAUGGCCGAAACAGAGCCCGGCGUGUGGCGAAGUAUCGAGACGGAUGAGAACUCGACCAUCAACAUCACGAUCCCGGAAAACUUCACCACCAUGUUCACGAGCGCCACUUCCGACCAAGGGAACACUGUGUCCGGCCUGUUUGACAUUCAAUAUCGUCGCUGGAAGUUCAACCAGAACGGAAUCAUAAACAAGGGCCAACCCUACGUCAGAGGCGACAGCCGCGAUAUCGGAACUCUGAUCACACAAGAUCGGAUUCUGCUCACCGAAGGACUCAUCGUCGACAUGAGGGACAAUCCGGGAAUCGGAUUCAGGAACCACACAAUACCUGUGGGUCUGGAGCACGGCGGGACCUGGAACGAAGACAUCACCUGGAUCGAGCCCGUGACGAAGUGUGCUGACACGAAUUUGUCCGUCGAGUUGAGGAUCGAGAACACCGUCGACGACUUUUCCGAUAACAAUACGUUCUCGAUCAUCGAUAGAGGCGCUUUCUUCGGCCUUGAUCACACAGCGCUUGAGUCACCGGCCUGGAUUGACAACCAAACGCUUGAUCUGUUCGGCCGUGCGCACAAAGCAGCCCGCAUGCACAAUGUACUUGUGGCUUCCAGUCUCAACAUCUCGCUCCCGCUUGAUCAGGACACAAAACCCCUGCCCAAAAUGCUGGUAAAGGACACUAGCAGUGCGUCGCCGGGUAUGUUCAGUAUAUCAAGCUUUGAUGCCAUUGUGCUUGAUCAAUUGAGGGGCGUUGGCGGCGCACCGCCUAGUGUUCCCGAAUAUUCUGGGAACACAUCUAUCCCUUUCGUGAACCACUAUCCCGAUGGCUUCAAGAAACUUUUGGCAUUGAACUACUCGGCUAUCGCCCAGAUAUGCAGGGGCUACUAUGAGAUCGGCGCCACAGACAACGACUGGCGAGCCAACAACAUCACCUAUCCGGCCGUGCAAUGCGGUGCCGUGCUCGGAACUCCCCUGCAGUCACCGAACGAGGACAUCUCACCCUCGACCUACACCGGCGUGGAGACGUACCAGAAGAACCUGUACAUCUGCGCGUCGGCCGUCCGCGCGAGCAUCAAGACCGUCACAUUCCGCUACAACGGCACGGGUGCCCAGUUUGGCAACCUGGAGGCCGUGCACAUCGCGGACAAGGUCUACGCCGACGAGCUGUCCCGGCCGCUCUGGGCCGCCGAGCACAGCUACGACCGCGCCAUGCGGUUCGACCCGCUCUGGGGCAUCGUCGACAACCGAUACCACACAAUGGGCUACAAAGAAGGCUUCUACACGCUGCGGGCCGAAAAGCUGUGGCUGCCCACCAGCCCCUUCCUCACGGGCAAUUUCGGCGAGUCUGAAGGCUACGACGCCCUGGCCGCAGCCUCGGGCUUUACGCGCCGGCUCGGAAACCUGUACGGCGGCCUCUCGGACCUGGGCGGGCCGGAUUACAGCGGCCAGCACGACUACACGUUGCUGGAACGCUACCAGCGGCUGUCCCACAACGCGACCGUCGCGGCGCAGAUCCCCAGCCUGAAGAUGACUGACGGGCUGGCCGCGGGCUUGGUCGGCACCAAGACGUCUAUCUCCACACGGUACGUCGCAUGGCCAGCCAGUCUGGCCGUCGAUGAUACGGGGAGCGGGAUCCCCCGAGCCAGCGUCGUCGAGUACAGGCGCGUCAUCCGCUACGAUAUCCGGUACGCGAUCCCCGCAAUCGCCAUGCUCGCGCUGUUGCUCGUCGCGCUCGUGUGGGCGGCCGCCAUCCUGUGCUCGUCCCGUAAUAUUGUCCAGACCUUGCGGAAUAUGUAUAACCAGACGAGCACGGGGCGGCUCGCCGUGAAUUUACUGCGUCCUGGCCAGGGUGACGCGCAGCAAGCGACCCGCGAGUGGGUUGAGCAAAAUGGGGCCCUUGCAUUGAAGUUCGGCCAAAUCAACGGUGCAAAGGGUGAUCAGUUUUGCGCUGUCGUUGGUGGGUGCGACGAUGCUAAAGCCGGUAGUGAGUCACUUCAGCGAGCGUGCGAUGAUGAUUCGGCACCACAACGUCCCAGUCGCGACGUUUCGUCUGGGGAAAAGAAAGGAGGCGCCGAGGCUUCAACUACGGUCAUUCCAAAGCAAGACAGUAGUGGUGCAUGA